AUGGAGAUCCCAGGAUACUACUUUGAUCGAGAAAAGAAUCGCUAUUUUCGAAUCACGGCAACAGGACCGCAUAGUCGAGACGCGAUAAAGAAGGCAGAGCAAACAGCAGAGAUACAACAAGAGAAUGAAGAUGCCAAACGAAUAAGGAAUCCAUUGAAACGAAUUGGAGAUGAUCAUAUCUAUCAAUACCUCUAUUCUCGACAAACGACAUCCAACAUUUCAUCCGCCACGUUGAUCAAUGCUUGCAAUCGAGCUCUUUAUCGGCAAAUGAAACCGGCCCGACAGCUGGAUAAUUAUGAACGAUACUCGUGCACUGGCUUGGCCGAUUUUCGAUCAGGAGAAGCUAUUGUCACCUAUGGCCAAGGCCUUUUGAUGAGAUAUGGAUAUCAAUGCGAACCAAGAUUUCAAAUGUGGAAUAUGGCAACACCAUGGCACGCUAGCUCCUCUUCAGUAACAUCGCUGCAACUGGGACCUUGCUAUACGACCAAUAUGCAAGAGGGUACGUAUCGGCAAACUGUCUAUGGUACAAGCUUCGCUCCUCGUAAAACAGCUGAAUUAUGGCGUUAUUCUUUCCCAUCACGCAUUGAUAUGGAUAUCGAUAUGGAUGACGACAACCCUAGUAACAUGAUACGCACGAUUGCCAGAGAACAACCCCCUGCAGUAUUGGAUUGUCGAUUCAGCUUGAAAAAGUCUUGUUUAUGGACCACGCAUUAUGCACAAGAUAAGGUGGUUGUGGGUGGUGAUCAUGGUGCCUAUAUGUUGACCCCUUCCUUUGAUGUCCUUGGUCAAAUCCGUACCAAAACAGCCGUCUUGACAGCCCAAUGCAUGGAGAAUGGUCGACAACAAGCAUGGAUAGGAUGUCGUGAUGGUCGUUUAUUCUUGUUCGAUGCACGUAAACCACAACCUGCCAAGUCAAUCACCCAAUCCGAUGUUGCAACGGCACACGUAGUCUCUCUCGAUAGCUCGGGUCUUGAGCAUCAAGUAUUAUCAGUGGACAUUGAACGAUCUAUAAAGAUUUGGGAUAUGCGUUGUUUAAGACGAGAACGGCAAGGAUCAUUACAUCGACCUAUCAAGCAUCUCUAUGGUCAUGAUACUACAGCGGGCCAACAUAUUGCAUUCGACGUUUCUCAUCAUUCACGAACCGUUGCCCUUGUGGAUGGACAACAACAACUUCAUUUUUGGUCACUUGAUUCAAAUACUCUUGAUAAUACACCAUUUUGGACAUCCUCCCAUUUUGAAAAGACUCGCAUCCAAUCCAUACAUUUCAUCGACGCAUCUCAGCAUAAUACACCAUCAUCACCACCUUCAUCAUCAUUACCACACGCUCCUGGACUUGUUGCAUUAGCUGAAAACCCACAAAGAUCAGGCACAUCCUUUUAUUGGUUCACUGUUCCUUCUUGA